UGAGAGGCAAGAGACCCCCCACGGAGCUCCCCGCGAAUUGAAUGAGGACCCAUUUCCACAUGGCAGGAAGUUGGAAUGGGUUCUGGGAUCAUCGGAGCUAGAGGGUCUUAUGUUUGAGGAAGGACGAUCCUCCAACGAGAGUUUUAGAGUGUUGCGGGCAUUCUUUUGAGCAAAUACAUGCUGAGUAGCCGGCAUCUUUGGUUGCAUGUGCCGUGGAUGGGCCUGAGAAUUUCGUCGAACAGGACAUAGCCGUUACCACUUCAAUCAGGAAAUGGAGAUGGAUUCGUCGGUCGGGCGGCAGAGUUUCCGCCGGAAGAAGAUGACGAAGCAGCUGACCGGGAAGCGCGACGACACCCCCUUGCAUUCUGCUGCCCGGUCAGGGAAUCUGGCCGUGGUGAAUGGGCUCCUCUCGGGAGCCGAUGACGAGGACCUGAAGGAACUGUUGAGUAGGCAGAAUCAGGCUGGGGAGACCGCUUUGUUCGUCGCCGCCGAGUAUGGCUACGUCGAUGUGGUGCAAGAGAUGAUCAAGUAUUAUGAUGUUGCAGCGGCUGGAAUAAAGGCCAAGAACGGCUACGAUGCUCUCCACAUCGCAGCCAAGCAAGGGGAUGUAGAUGUUGUGAAGGAGCUGCUGAAUGCACUUCCGGAGCUCUCUCUGACAGUGGACCUGUCAAACACCACUGCACUUCAUACAGCUGCAGCACAAGGCCACAUUGAGGUGGUGAAUCUGCUACUGGAAGCUGAUAAGAGCCUGGCGCUGAUUGCAAAGAGCAAUGGUAAGACUGCCCUGCAUUCUGCUGCAAGGAAUGGGCACUUGGAAGUAGUCAAGUCUCUCCUCAGAAAAGAAUCUGGAAUUGCUGCCAGAACCGAUAAGAAGGGACAGACUGCACUGCAUAUGGCAGCCAAGGGAACGAGCCUGGAUUUAGUUCAGGAGCUUCUUGAAAAUGAACCCUCUCUGCUCAACUUGGUUGACACGAAGGGCAACACAGCACUGCAUAUAGCAGCAAGGAAAAGCCGGGCUCAGAUCGUUAGGAGAUUACUUGAGUUCAAGGAGUUGGAGACCAAAGCCAUCAACAAGUCGGGGGAGACGGCACUCGACACCGCCGAGAAGAUGGGGAAUUCGGACGUCACCGGCAUGCUGUUGGAGCACGGCGUUCAAAGCGCGAGGGCGAUACGACCCUCGCCCAACCCCGCCCGCGAGCUGAAGCAGACGGUGAGCGACAUCAAGCACGAGGUCCACUCCCAGCUGGAGCACACCCGGCAGACCCGGCGGCGGGUGCAGGGGAUCGCCAAGCGGCUCAACAAGCUCCACGAGGACGGUCUCAACAACGCCAUCAACUCCAACACCGUCGUCGCCGUCCUCAUCGCGACCGUCGCCUUCGCCGCCAUCUUCACGGUCCCCGGGGAGUACGUGGAAUCCGAUAACCUGGCGCCGGGGCUGACGCUGGGUGAGGCCAACGUGGCGCACCAGACGCCCUUCAUGAUCUUCUUCGUCUUCGACUCGGUGGCGCUCUUCAUAUCCCUGGCCGUGGUGGUGGUGCAGACGUCGGUGGUGGUGAUCGAGAGCAAGGCGAAGAAGCAGAUGAUGGCCAUCAUCAACAAGCUGAUGUGGAUCGCCUGCGUGCUCAUCAGCAUCGCCUUCCUCGCCCUGUGCUUCAUCGUGGUGGGCCGCAGCCAGCGGUGGCUGGCGAUCGGGGUCACCAUCAUGGGGACGGUGAUACUGGCGACCACGCUGGCCACCAUGCUCUACUGGGUGAUCGCCCACCGGAUCGAGGCCAAGAAGCUGAGGAACAUCAGACGCUCGUCGCUCAGCCGGUCGCGGUCGUGGUCGGCGUCGGGGGUGUCCGACAGCGAGCUAUUCAACAGUGAGUAUAAGAUGUACGCGAUCUGAGAGAGGAACAGGGCAUCUCUCGCUCGGUCACACCACCAGAAACCACCAUCCACGGCGGAAAUGCCCUCUGCCAGUUGAUGAGGCUGACCGCCAAUCCACAGUAGCAAGAGAGAGAGAGAGAGAGAGAGUGUGUGUGCGUGUGUGUGUGUGUGUGUGUUGAAGAAGAUAUACUUGCUUCUUGAUUGAUCGCAUGAGAAGCUUUUCAAUCUUUCUUCUGAUGUUGAGGUGUCAUGGCAAGGCACA